UUACACGGCAAAUCAGUAUUUCCAUGCUGUUUUGAGUGGAUCAAAAUUACGAUAUAUAAUACGUUGUACAUUUUAUUAAACUUCAUCGAGAAAAAUCUUUACCAAAUUGUGAAUCGCGCGAGAUUUUACAACAAGCAAGAUGGCGCUGUCCGUAAAGGAAUUAGCUUCUUUAUUGAGCGUCCUUUCAGAAGACACGACUCAAACUCAGUCAUUCGAAAGUUUGGCCACCAGUUUCCAUCAUUAUUUCACGAAACAAGACCACUUCAAAGUCGGAUCAUCGAUUGUACUCUUGCUGCAAAAUCGUGAUUUGCUUCCACACCCAACACAGAAAUUAGCUGCCAUAUUUCUUCUCUAUGAAAUGUAUCGUACUGAUCCAAUAGCUGCUAAUCCAUUUGCUACAGUGUUUGUACAUAUCUUGAACCCGCCAACAGAAAACCAAGAAGCUGGGCAGUUUGACUUACACUGGGCUAUUCCAGCCAUCUCCCCCGCAGAACGAUACUUUCUAUCUCAGCUCAUCUCCAGCCCUACAAAAGAGAUUCACCCAUUUGUAAAUCUCUGCAUUAAUAUGAUGUUCAAGAAGACUCCAACCCAAAUCAUCCAGCUGGAUGUCAGCAGUAUGCAGAACUUUGAUGUGAGUGGACUUCAGUUGGCUCUGGCUGAGAGACAGUCGGAAAUGCCAGCGCAGAGCAAGUCAGCCAUGCCAUGUGUGGUACCAGACCGCGACACCAAGCCCUCUAGUUUUGAUCAUUUUGGGAAGCCAGGGGUAAUAAACCCUGAUGUUCAGAGACAGACCAUAGAGUCUCUCCUAACAGGGAACAAGGCUCCUGUGGAAAACUGCAUGAUGCCGGAGUUUAUCCGAUUGGCCCCUCCUUUGCAUAUAGCAGAGGAUGAGCUUUGCUGGAUGAAUCCAGUGGAUAUGGAUUACAGUGUAGCUUGGGAUACCACCAUGUGCGUCAGCAGUUCAGCAGGGGUGGAAAUCCGGCGACUGAUGUCCAAAGCUUUCAAAGGGGCUCUAACUCUUCAACAGCAGCAACAGUUACUGGACGAGUUGGAAAAGGACAAUAAACUGGUGUACCACAUUGGGCUAACGCCAGCCAAGUUGCCAGACUUAGUUGAAAACAACCCCUUAGUAGCCAUAGAGGUGUUAUUGCGACUGAUGCAGUCCAACCAAAUCACAGAGUAUUUUUCUGUUUUGGUUAACAUGGAGAUGUCUCUUCACUCUAUGGAGGUGGUCAACAGACUCACAACAGCUGUAGAGCUGCCCUCUGAAUUCAUCCAUCUGUACAUCUCAAACUGUAUCUCAACCUGUGAAACCAUCCGUGACAGAUAUUUACAGAAUCGCCUUGUUCGCUUAGUGUGCGUCUUUCUGCAGUCUCUGAUCAGAAACAAAAUAAUUGAUGUUAAGGAUAUCUUCAUAGAAGUGCAAGCCUUUUGUAUAGAAUUCAGUCGGAUUCGAGAAGCUGCUGGUUUAUUUAGACUGUUAAAAUCACUGGACAGUGCAGAUCCACAAAAUACACCGACAGCAGCCACCAGAUAGCAGGCAAAGCGAUGGUUGACUUACCAGUAAAUGUACGAAAAAUUGAUUGUAGGAAAUGGACAGAGAAUACAUGUGCUUGGCUGUGGAAUAUGUGCUGCAUCGUUCAAUAUACAGUUCCCCAUUGUGGGGGAUAUCCUCAGUGCAGACAACAUGUGACAUCAGAAUCAGGUCCAUGCAUUGUGACAAGGAAGAGAUACUAAAAACCUCCUAACAUGUGUACGAUGACUGUGUAACACUUUGUGUGCAAUUAAUGAAUACAGAUUAAUAAACAAAAAUCCUCUUCA